AUGAAGCUGUACGAUGGUGACACGAUCGCCUACCACACCCAGAUGUAUGUCGCCGGUGAUCCCCGUGGCUACAGGACUGCUAUUGUGACGCACGUCGAUGAUUCACCCGGCGAGGCGUACACCCCGAUCUACGUGUCGACAGAUGAGAUGAUCCUGCCAACCAUGAUGAUAAAGAAGGUGUUAAAUCGGGCAGGCGAGGAAGUGAAGUGCCACUGGCGCAAGCUACGCACCUACCAGCUUGUAUCGGGCGAGUUGCGGGCUCCGUCCGACCGCACACGAUUCGCUGAGUCAGUUCAGAACAUCAUUACCGCUGCUUUUACGGGUGCCUUUACUGGCGCCAGUGAUACCGACCCCGCGACUGAAGCCGAGGUCGCGUCAAUAACGACGUCAAUAACGACGCCGAGAUCUGAUGGAUCUGAUGAUGACGACCAGGUGCCUUCCAUGACGUCCAGCGCCCCAAUCACGGCUGCUACGGUCGUCGAUCACGGCUUCACAGACGCCCAUGAGUACGAGGAAGAAUAUGCAUACGAGGAAAGGGCACCAGUUCCCACACCAACCAACAAAAUCAAGGCCAAGACUAAAUCCAAGAAGACCGCGCUCGGGAAGCGGCCCAGUACUCCCCCUUGUCAUUUACAGAUUCCUGCCGCGCCGCCCAAGGCUCGUGCCACUCCAGCGCAAGGUCAUCCAUCGGAGGAAAUCCUGCAAAGAACAGGCACGAAGAUUGCCAGGAAGAUGGCGAAGGGGUCCGUCUGUGUGAAGACCAGAAAAUCAUCCAGCAGUCGCUUGAACCGUCAAAUAUCCCCCGCCCGAGCUCUCAUACAUGGAACCAACCCACCUGGACAUGAUGGAAGCGCGGGAUCGCGCAAAAUAAACUGCCCUCAUGAUUCCUACCGUUUAGACACUUCAUCCGGGCAGGACGUGGAGAUUGUUAGUGAUGAAGCCGGUGCUUCGGGGGACUUGCUCAGGUUGAACACCCUGGCCUUCGUGUCUAUGAAGACAAGCAGUUCUUACAAGAAGAAGGCUAGCAGUCUCAAUUCCGGCGUCAAACAAGUCGAAGAUGGUGGGGCUGAGGUGGAUGAGAAGGAUGUAUACCUGGAAUCCGAGGAAAAGGCAGAAGACAACGACCCAGAUCCUCCAGACCAGCCAGACCAGCCUGAGCAACUGGAACAAUCUAGUCAGCCCACUCCAUCGCAGCUGACCGCUCUACAUGAGAUUUUGGCGGUCUCCACGCUCGCACAGCGCGAGACACAAUAUCAUAGACGCAAGGUGGGCAAGGUUGACUACCAUGUCAGUAAAUCAAGAAAGAAACGCUACCAGAAUAGACGUGCUCCAACGCGCAACGGCACCAACAUCUAUCAUGCGCACAACUUGAAGGCGAAGACGAUGAAGGACUUGUUGCGAAUACCGGGCAUGAGAGCGAAGUUGAUAAACGUGCGCAAAAAGAAACCAGGGUACAUCCCGCCCUCUCAACCUGACCCCAAUAACGCUGAGACAGGUGUCAUGGAGCCUGUUCCGUUUCCAGACUACGUAACGGAGGUUUCGGAGAAUAUUGUGCCGGAGGGGCUUUACUUCGUGGACGCUGGAGACGUCGACCCGUGCCUAUGCGUCGGAGACUGUUCUGCGCAUUGUUGUAGGAACGCGGACACCGCUUUCUACUGCACGCCGGACAUCUGCCGUCUCGACGCGCUGUGCAGCAACGCUCCGCGUACUCACCCAGGUCUAAGGAUCUACAAUACUCGGCGCCUAGGCCUGGGUGUGUACACGACGCAGAAGUUAUGGACCGGAGAGAUCGUAGCGGAGUACUGUGGCAAAUUGCAGGAGUAUGAGGCUAUGCGCGAAGGACAACUCGAGGAAGCGAUGAAGCAGAACAGCGGCUACGCUAUGUUGCUGAACGAAAAGACCAGGCGUGGAAACUUUGUGUACAUCGAGGCGCUCACUGCUGGCUCUAACGCGAGAUUCUUCCAACACUCGUGCCGCCCCAACGUAGAAUUCGUGGAAAUGCAAAACAGGGCACAGGUUAAGGUGCUGUGCCGUAUGAUCAGUACAGUCGACGCUGGAGCCCAGAUAACGGUGUCUUACGAUAACGAUAUCUGGUUCAGAUGUGCGUGUGACCAGUGCUGGAAGGAGCACGCAUAA